UCCCCGCAAUGCGUCACCCAACUGAUCCCUCGUGGAACCAUGUCGACCGUUAAUAGUGGCGCGAAUUGAGCCCGUCGCUGUCCGUUUCCUGAACUCGCCUGCCUUCGUCGUCGUCUCUGGCGCCUAAGUCGUCAUCUCAACCGCAGUGCUACAUGGGAAGCGAGGAAACCACCACCAUCCUCAUCCUCAACUGUGCGAAAUGGUGUCCAUUUGAUUCUCCGAGCACAAGCAGAGCAAGCAGGGGAAUUGAGGUAAGCGUCGAUGAGCAUGGACGAUCACCUGCCGUAACUGUGCAGGCGCCGUCACGGCCGGACGCCUUGAAGCCUUUCUGUUUGAUGCUCUAGCCGCCAUGGGGGCGUCUUCCGUGGCUACGACUCGCCGCCCCUCCAAGGCCUCCUUCUCUUGCCUCUCUCGCGUCCUCGUCGUUCUCGCCGCCGCCGUCGCCCUCCUCGUUGUUUUCUACGGCGUCUAUACCACUUACUCAUCCAACUUCUCCUCCCCCGUCGUGGAUUCUCGCUCCCGCGUCCCGCCGAGGCACCGCGGCCGCCUUCCGGACGCCACCUUCUACGACGACCCCUCCCUCUCCUACGCCAUCGACCGCCCGGUCGCCGACUGGGACGCGAAGCGCCGGGAGUGGCGCCGCCUGAACCCCCACCUCGCCGGCGACGGCCAGCGGAUCCUGAUGGUGAGCGGGUCCCAGCCGGGCCCGUGCCGCAAUCCGGUGGGGGACCACCUCUUGCUGCGCCUGUUCAAGAACAAGGCCGACUACUGCCGCCGCCAUGGCAUCGAGUUGUUCUACAACACGGCGCUGCUCCACCCGAAGAUGGGCUCCUACUGGGCCAAAAUUCCUGCGAUCCGGGCGGCCAUGCUGGCCCACCCGGAGGCUGAGUGGGUCUGGUGGGUCGACUCCGAUGCGGCCUUCACGGACAUGGACUCGGAGCUGCCGAUGGGCCGCUACCGGUUCCAUAACAUGGUGCUGCAUGGCUGGGCCCACCUUGUCUACGAGAAGCGUAGCUGGGUCAGCCUCAACGCCGGCGUCUUCCUCAUUCGCAACUGCCAAUGGUCGCUCGACUUCAUGGCGGAGUGGGCCUCCAUGAGCCCUAUUUCCCCCGACUACGCUAGAUGGGGCAAGAUCCUCAAGGAAGAGCUCAACGACAAGUUGUAUAACGAAUCGGACGACCAAUCGGCGCUCGUCUACAUCCUCCUGAAGCAGAAGGAGCGAUGGGGCGACAAGAUCUACCUCGAGAGCGAGUUUGAAUUAGAGAGCUACUGGCUGAAGACGCUGGGGCGGCUGGAGGAGUUCGCGGGGGCGUAUGCGGCGGUGGAGCGGCAGGAGGAAGGGAUGCGGCGGAGGCACGCGGAGCCGGCGAGCAGGGCCUACGGGCGGAUGCGGGAGAAGCGCAUGAUGGGGGUGGAGAAGCUUCGGCGGCCGCUGAUCACACACUUCACCGGGUGCCAGCCAUGCAGCGGAGACCUCAACAAGAUGUACACUGCGGAGAGCUGCUGGGAAGGGAUGCAGAGGGCGUUGCACUUCGCCGACGACCAGGUGCUCCGUGACUACGGCUUCCGCCACGCCAACCUCCUCACCGCCGACGUCAUCCCGCUGCCCUUCGAUUACCCUGCGGCCACGAGCUAAACAAAAACGUGGCACAGGUGAAGAAGGAAGAUGUGCCGUCGUUCCGGUGUAAACACAAGUGAGGUUACAACUUCAGACGUAAAGAGAUGAAUUGGGCCGGAGAGGUUUUAGUCCAGAGAGGGUUGUUGUGGGUUAGACUUGAAAUGGGCUUCCUAUUGUUCCCAUGUUCAGUUGAUUAAAGACGAUAGACUUAUUACAAUAAGAUGAGAUCAAUUAUUG